CGCGCCGAAGCGCUGAGCCAGACCAGACCCAGCCGGGCAGUCGUCGCCUCCGUGUCGUGUCCCGAGAGAGGGAGAAAGAGAGAGAGGGAGAAGGGGCGGGCGAGGAAGGUCGGACGGACCGAAGGAGUAGCCGCUGCCGCCCGCCCCCUCGGGGAACCGCAGCAGGAGGAGGAGGAUUCAGUUUCAGCCCGGCGCUCCAGCGGGGAAGAAAGAAAGGAGAGAAGAGCCGUCGCGGGCGCCCCUGGAGCGGCUCCGGGAAGCAGCGAUGGGAGCCCCGUGAAGCCGCCGCUGGAGGAGAAGGAGGACGGGACGGAUUUGGAUUUGGCUUUGGGGAGGGAUUUGCUUGUUUUGCCGCGGAGUGGAUUAAGCGCGCCGGAGAAGGAGGAGGAGGCGACGGCGGCAGACCCGGAGGCUCCGGGGGCAGGAGGCGGAGGGGCGGCGGCGGCGGAGGAUGGGCCGUCCGGAGGGGCGCCUGGACCGCCUCUGCCGGGGGCUGUUGGGGCUGCUGCUCGCCCUGUGCCGGCUGGCGCCGCCGCUGCUGGCCAAGAACCUGGAGCCGGUCUCCUGGAGCGCCGCCAACCCCAAGUUCAUGUCUGGGAAGGGUCUGGUCAUCUAUCCAGAAAUUGGGGACAAACUGGAUAUAAUCUGUCCGAAGUCAGAGCCAUCCAAACCAUACGAGUAUUACAAGCUGUACCUAGUGAAGCGAGACCAAGCAGACUCCUGCAGCACAGUUAUGGACCCGAACGUGCUGGUGACCUGCAACAGACCUGAGCAGGAAAUCCGUUUCACCAUCAAGUUCCAGGAGUUCAGCCCCAACUACAUGGGUUUGGAGUUCAAAAGACAUCAAGAUUACUUCAUCACAUCCACAUCCAACGGGUCUCUGGAGGGCUUGGAGAACAGAGAAGGCGGGGUCUGCCAGACACGCUCCAUGAAGAUCAUCAUGAAAGUGGGCCAGGAUCCCAACGCUGUGAUACCUGAGCAGCUGACCACCAGCCGGCCCAGCAAGGAUUCUGACAAUACUGUCAAAGUGGCCACGCAGAGCCCACGCAACCGACACCCCCCGCCUGUUGUGGAGGACCCUGGGAAGCCAGAUCCUGUUAACCAAGACGGCCGGGAUACUCAGAGCCCCACGGACGGAUUCUUCAGCUCCAAGGUGGCCGUUUUUGCAGCGAUUGGGGCUGGCUGUGUGAUCUUCAUCCUCAUCAUCAUCUUCCUUGUGGUCCUCUUGAUCAAGAUCCGCAAGCGGCACCGGAAGCACACGCAGCAGCGGGCCGCGGCUCUGUCGCUCAGCACGCUGGCCAGUCCCAAGUGCAGCGGCAACGCGGGCUCAGAACCCAGUGACAUCAUCAUCCCUUUGCGGACUACAGAGAACAACUACUGCCCUCACUAUGAGAAAGUGAGCGGCGACUAUGGGCACCCUGUCUACAUAGUCCAGGAGAUGCCCCCUCAGAGCCCGGCAAACAUUUACUACAAGGUUUGAGGAGCAGCCUUGGCACCCCACCGACGGAAACAGACUAAAAGAGCAAGGGCUGAUGGGGGGGCAGCCUCUGCCAGCUCCCCUCACCGCAAAGCGUGCUUGCACUGCAAGGCAGAGGUCAAAAGAAGAGCCCUGGUGAGGCGUGGAGUGCCCCCCCUCCCCCCUCCAGUCUUUAGUUUUGUAGUUUGGAAAUUUUGUAGUCCAAGACUCGAGGAGGGGGAAGGGGAGGAGAAAGCCCACGCUGGCAUCCCACCCCUGUCCUCGGAGGAGCUCUGGGGUCGCUGAUGGCGGCGACACCCCGGCACGCUCCACGGCCCCCGUGCUUGUGCUCUGUGCCUUUCCUCACUGUCUGAACAUGUCUGGGAAACACCACCACCACCAUCCCUGAGGCUUUUUCCAUUGUUUUAAAUUCCACUCCUGCUUUUAUUGUUUUAAGUGUUCUCGUGGGGAGGGGGAGGCAGGGGGUGCCACAUCAGUGGUCCCAAAGUGUGGAGCCCCAGAAUAAGUUUGGGAAGGGAGUGGUUUGCCUGUCACUGGCGUGGCAAAGAUGGAGACCCUGCCGAGGGAGGAGAGCUGCCUGGCCCUGACUUUCUACUAGGGUAUUAAUUUUAAAACAUUUUUUGUAACUUUUUAAUGUUGUGAAGCAUUGGGACUCUGCCGCCACCACCGGCCUUCCAGCAUGAGCUCCCGUUACGCUUUCCUGCACACAAACCCCAACCGGGGGCUGCAUCCGGCCCCACGGACUGGAACGCUCUCCUUGCCUUCAGUCGCCAUCUUUGCCUCUUUAAGCUCCUGCUGUCACUGUUCAGAGCAAUCAUCUCCUUGUUUUUGACCUGCGCUUUAUUUUGUGAAACAGAAACAGUGGUGUGUUUUUCUAAAUGGAAAGUCUGCAAUAGUCAGUUUGAGAGAGAACCCCAUUCUGAAACCAGCAGAAAAGGACCCUCCCAAGCCAUCUUCUCUGGAAAGGGCUUUCUCCUCCAGGCUGCCGCUUUCCUGUUAGGCAAUAGGAACCGAUUGCUGGUCAUGUGGGUAAGGGAUUGGGGGGGGGGUGUUGUUGCAAGAUCCUCCUUGGGAUGCUGCAUUGUAUCUGUCAGAGACACAGGACCCUUUCAGGGAGAAGGGAUCCACCGGGAUGCACGGCACGUUUUGCUGCUGCCAGAGGUCCAGCACGUCGUUUUCCUCCACAGGAGUAGAUGGCAAGCACUGGCUGGUGGUGGCGGCGGCUAGGUCUGCACUGUGACCCUGGCAGUUAACAACCAGCCCCUCUCUUACAUCGUUAUGCUUCUUAAUCGCUCUCGGGAGUCACGUGGCUGGGCUGACUUUCAUCGCCUUUGUCAGAGAGGGGGCUGGGGCAGGAGGCCCAGUGGCUUCCUGAACCGGCCACAGGAUGAAAUCCGUUUCCAACACAGCUUCAAAGAGUUUCAGGCGAACAAGUGGAGGUUGCAGUAGGAGCCGUCCCCAAGUCAGCAUGGGAGCCCUACUCAGAGGAGUUGGUGGACUUUGAGGCUGGAUGACAAUUGAGUCUGUGCUUGGCCGACGGGAGGCACAAGGGUGUUGAGCGCUGCCUGCUCGGUCCUUUCCUUCUGUGAGAGCAGCCAGGCUGUCACUUCCCACAGCGAGAGGUCUGUGUCUCUAAAAUCAUCUGUGUAUUUCAAAGCCAGGCACCCCUUCCACCCAUGUGCUGUCAGAAAGGAGAUGUUACCCAUGAGGGCACUGCGAGACGAUUUGAUCAUUUUCUCCCUCGGGCGUGCACACUGCAGGUUGUGGUUGGGAGAGGGUCCACGAGGCCACGUAGCAACAGCACUGACUUUUUUGACUGGUCCAGAUGAAUCCCUGUGCAGUUAGACUUGCUGGUAACCUCCCCAGUGUGAGCCUUGUCCCCGUGGCAUCCGUGACGCUUCGCACAUGGGGAUCUCCUGAGGAAGAGGGGAAUCGAAUCGGAUGAUUGGCUGGCCAUGGGGACCCAGCCAAUCCCUCUGCACUAGAAGCGGGGCUCAGCUCCUCUGAUAGCUUCAGCAUACCCGAUGGGUUGCCGCGAUCAGGCCAUGAGCGCCAAUCAGAGUCCUUGCUCCAACCUUUUCUUGGUCACUAGGCAACCAAUCCCUCCCCGCCGGCCUAUCCGCCUGUCCCUGCAUGGGGAUGGUCAGCACAUUUUUCCAUGGUUGGGGAGCCCUGCAUUCCACUGCCGUCACUGCCCCCCCCCCAAUCCACAGCUUGGCUGCAGGUUCGGGAGCGUUUUGCAGAAAGGGGCAGUUCUGUGUCCCAUUGUCAGAUUGCAUUUGUCGUGCCAGAAGCCUUAGUUUUGCAUGGAGGAGGAAGUGUCUGCCUACCUGAACCCCCAGGCCCAAGCAGAGCUUGCCCCACUUCUCCUCCUCUCUCUCCCCUCCUCCGUGGGGAGGGGGGCAUUUCUCCAUUGCACACUCAGGCCCCUUGCGGCUGCAGCUGCGGCCACCUUCUUCCCCUAGUCUCACCAUUGCACCAAAGCCUUACUUCUCUUGCUUCAUAGCUAAUUGCUCGAUUCUGCUUCCAAACCAACUAAGCCAGGCUCUCUCGGAAGGCCUUGAGAGGCCUGUGCUGGUUGGAGCCAGAGCACCAGAGCACCAAUUAAUCAUUGCCAGUCUCUCGUCUAUGCUCUGAAGCCUUCCUUUGCUUUUUAAUACAAACUCACUCCCGCACAAGGCAAUAAACUGGCCAAGGCUGAUGGGAAGGAUAGAGUGACUGGACAUUUGCUCCACCCUCUUGCUGGUCUCUUGAGCCCCCGACUGGGCCAAUUCAGUUGCCCUUCUCAAGAGACAGCCAUGUCGGAAGCCGUUCUGUUCCAUCCGCUUCAGCUUCUCCCCGCCCCCAAGCUCUGUUUCUCCCCCAGCAGGAUCUCUAUGCAGGGUUCGGAGUGGGGGUCCCUGUAAGGGCUUAGGCAGCCGUGCACUUUGGGCAUGCUCAGUGGAGAUCAGCCAAGGAGGCAGGUUACUCAGGACUCCACAAAUAAUUGACAGUCUUUUUAUUAUUGUUGCUACUAUUACUUUUUCUAUUUAAACAUUUUGAAACUUUUUGAAAAGUCUCUCUUCUCCUGCCCCCCCCAUCACUGUCUUAUUGCCACAAAUGCAGGAUAAUUCCAGUUGUUCAACUGUGUGCGUGUGCGCGCGUGUGUGCGUGUGUGUUGGGGGUAGAAUUCCUAAUUUUAAAUGCGGGUGGUAGUUAUAUCUGCAGGAAGUUCCAGCCCAUGUCUCGAUAGGAAUGGAUUGUGCUGAUGCCUUUUAUACUGGCAUUUUCGGUCGGAUUCACACAACUGUGUGGUUGUGUUUCUUAUCCUCACCUGAGCACAAAUUUGUUUCUGCCUUGAAUAUUCAUCCACACACUUUCUAAUCUUUGGAAUGGUUUUAUCUGCAGAAUGGUCGUGGAAUACUAGGGCCUGUUUAGCAACCUUUGAAAGGGGUACCAAAUUCACGUUGGCCAUAAUGUGUAUCCAGCUGUUCCCAAAUCAUGGGAAGUUCAUGUCUGACACAAGACCAAGGGGGCCAGAAUCAAAAGAGGUUUUAUAGAAUCAUUUCUUAGA